AUGGAAACAAAGAAAGGUUGUGGAUGUCCCAUUACUCUGAAAUAUUAUGAUGAUUAUGCCCAAGCAAACCACUUCAAUCUCCUUCUUCCUCAAGGAAAUUGUUGUAAUGCUCCCCCCCCUGAAAAUAAACCAUCCUCAGUGGUAAUAGAUUUGGAUAAUAUUGAACAAUCGUAUGCUUCAGCUGUCAAACAAAGUUCAAAAACAUGUCCUCCAACCAAAGUAUCCUCAACAACAACUAACACUAUGAAGCAGUCCCCCCAAACUCAGCCCACUAAACAAACAAAAGGAAACUUAUCAAGUACAGAUACUGCAGCCAAAAAAUCAUCUUCAUCUUGUAGUAGUAUUGAUUCUGCUAAACAGCCAUCACAAGCUACUUAUUUCAAACAAAGAUCUCCAACAUCGACUAAAGCCAAUCAUAAACAGCCAACCACAGCAAAGCAAACAUCUGCAACUUUUGAAGCCACACAGCCAUCACAACCCCAGAAAAACUUUGUUAAACAAUCAUUCCCAGCACCUAUAAAUGGAACAACUCCUAAAACCAAUUUUGCAAUGGAAUCAUCAGAAGACCCUGCUCCAAAGGCAAAAAAUCCAUCUCCAGCUACUAAAACUACCACAACUCAACCUAGCUCCGUCUCCACUUCUUCAAAACAACCCCAUGCCACUCCUAACUUUGACAACAUGGAUAUAAAAGCCAUCAAAGAGUUCAUUUCAGCAAGGGGUGUUCAAGUUUCCAAUUACCGCAAGCCCCAACUUAUUGAGCUGGCUAAAGCAAUUGCUAGUAUGGACCUUCCCAUUGAUCCUGAUUUUGAAAAUUGUUCUAUUGAUGAAUGCUUGAUUAGACGCCUUACUUUACCUGCAGGACUUAAAAUUCCAGAUCCUUUUCAAAUGUCAUCCUUGUCUCAUGACUUCUCACAGCUGCCUCCAUUUGGACUGAUGGACAUUUUCAAUCACUUGAUAAUGAGUAAAACUGAUUACGACAAAGCUAUGCUGUCCUCUUGGCGUUCAUUUGAAGAAUAUAAUUUAUGUUUAAAUGGCCAUGUUCAAAGCCUUGGUGUAAAGACUGUGCAAGAUCUUGAUGGCAGUACUUAUUUUGUGUUUGUGGCAGGGGUUAUACCAACACAGAAAGAAAAAACACAAGAGGGUGAAAAGUAUUAUAGACUAUGGUUUGUGCUUGAUUCAAAUGGUUCUGUGUACUCUGCAUUCUGCAGAUGUAAGGGUGGAGCUGAUCAAGGAUGCAGACACUUGGGUGCGACAUUGUUUGAGCUUGAUGAUUUUCUUUCCAAUCAAAGAAAGUCUGUCACCUCUGUGUCUGCAUAUUGGAACCCAAAACCCACACCCAAGAACAAACCAGUACCUCUUUUAGAAAUGAAAGUAUCACAUGGUCAUGGAAAGAGAAACAAAAGAAAAGUAACAGCACAAGAUGACUCUUGGAUUGACUCUUUUGAUCCCAGGCCAAUGAAACACAGGAAUGAAAUAACUUUAAAUGAAAAAUUGGAAUUUGCACAAAAACUAAGAAAAAUUGAUCCCUUUUCUGGGAUUCUUGAUUUCUUACCAGCUCCAAUAACCUCUGAUGACAAUGAUGACAGUCAGCAAUCUGAAUAUAAUAUUUCACAUCUGUCUAUCAUGUCCCAAGCUAAAAAGUAUAUUGAGGCAAAUGUUGACAAUACUUCAGAGUCAAACCUUUCUGAUGUUGCUGAAGAAUUUCUUAAAGUGCUGACCUUUUCAAACAGUGACAGAGAAAAUAUCAACAAAGCCACUCAGGGUCAGCACCAAAGGAAAACAUGGCAUGAGAUGAGGCAUCUUUUAGUGACAGGAAAAACUAUUAAAGCACUUUAUACUCGACAAAAUACUAUAGAAAAAAAUCCUCUAACUGAUGUAUCCCUCACUGUAAAAAAUUUCAUCACACAAAAAGAAUAUAAGGAAAAUCAAAGAUACCCUGAUGCCAUAGAGUAUGGCAUAAAAGAAGAAAGUAAUGCAAAAUUUUACUACUCUAAAGUUUGUGAGAAACAGCAUAGUGCCUUUAAACUUGAAGAGCCUGGUCUUCUUUUAAGUACAGAAUACUCAUGGCUAGGUGCUAGCUUAGAUGGCAUUAGAAAAUGUUCAUGUUGUAAUCCUGCUGUGGUGGAAUUUAAAUGCCCUUUUAAUGGAAAAGACCUGGACCCCAAAAAUGCUUUUCUGUUACCUAGUGUCGGUGGGGUAAAAGAUAAAGAUGGGAACUUCUCCCUUGAUAAUAACCACUUGCACUAUUUUCAAGUUCAAACUUACAUGGCAGUUUCAGGUUAUAACACUUGUGAAUUUGUGACUUACACCAGUAAGGGUAUACAUGUAGUAAAAGUUAAUUUCAAUGCUGAUUUCUGGAAAACUGUUGUGACAAAAGUUAAUAAGUUUUAUUGUAAACAAAUAGUUCCUUCCAUUCUCCUGGAAGCAUUUAAGAGCCUUAAACAGUAA